GUCUCGUUAACUGUGGCCAGCAUACUGCUGUGUUUGGAGUGUACAGGUGUUGCAGAGAGGAAUCUCUUAUGUUCUCAGCAGCCAGGGACAGUGCAUAUAGAGGAAAUCUUGGUACCUUUAAAGGUCAUCAGGGCUCAUUCUGAAAAACACCAGCUGAAAUGCAUGCCUAGGAUGUCAUCUCUCAGCUAUACAUAGCAAACUCAAAGCUUCUUACAGAGAAACCUCUUACCAGUCACUUUCCACAAAUGGUGCGUAUACCUAAAGGUACUUAGUGAAAAUCCUUGAGAAGUAUUUAAUGCAAAAGCAGUUAGUCUCUCUGGUGGUUUUCAGGAGCCACACACACUACUAACAGGGAGAAGUGCAGACCAGCCACAGCACAACAGCUGGGCCAUUAACUCAUUUUGUCUUGACCACCCCAAGAGCUUGCCAAGAUGUGUGACAUGGGGGGGCUUGACAACCUGAUUGCCAACACGGCCUACCUGCAAGCAAGGAAGAGUGGAGAGGGAGACACCAAGGAGAUGCAAAAGAGACGUAAAAGCCUCUCACUGCCCAAGAUUGAACAAUGCGGAGAGGUCAGGCAGUCCAUGGUUGCUGAUUACGACAACAUCUGUGAGCAGCAGCCCAUUGGCAAGAAAUUCUUUAGAGACUUCUUAGAGACCGUGCCAGAAUAUAUGGUAGCUAGGGACUUCCUGGAUGAGGUGUCAAACUGGGAGCUGGCAGAGGACAAUGUCAAGAGCAGUACCAUGGAGAAUAUGAUCACCAAUUUUCUUAAGACGGGUUCAAAAAACUCUUUGGCUUUCCUGAGCUCUGACUUGUCCAGCAAAUGCCAGGCAGCUACUGAGAAAGACUAUGAGAAUGUCAUACAGCUGGCCAAGGAGGAAACCAAACUCUUUCUUAAAGACAAACCCUUUCAGGACUUCCAGACCAGCCCCUUCUUUGACAAAUUCAUACAAUGGAAAGUUUUUGAGAAGCAGCCGGUAACCGAGAAAUACUUCUAUGAGUUCCGAGUGCUGGGCAAAGGUGGCUUUGGAGAGGUUUGUGCCAUCCAAGUGAAAAACACCGGCAAAAUGUAUGCCUGCAAGAAACUGGAUAAGAAAAGAUUGAAAAAGAAAGGAGGUGAGAAGAUGGCACUGCUAGAGAAAGAGAUCCUGGAGAAGGUCAACAGCCCCUUCAUAGUCACAUUAGCUUAUGCCUACGAGAGCAAAAGCCAUCUGUGUCUUGUCAUGAGCCUCAUGAAUGGAGGGGAUCUGAAGUAUCACAUCUACAAUGUGGGAGAAAGGGGUUUGGAGAUGAAGAGGGUCAUCUUUUACUCUGCUCAGAUCACCUGUGGGAUUCUGCAUCUCCAUUCCAUCAAGAUUGUGUACCGGGACAUGAAACCAGAAAAUGUCCUACUGGAUGAUAAUGGUAAUUGCAGACUGUCUGAUCUUGGAUUGGCAGUACAAGUCAAAGAGGGAAAAAGCAUCACUCAGAGGGCUGGGACAAAUGGUUAUAUGGCUCCAGAAAUCCUGAAGGAGGAAGAUUACUGCUAUCCUGUGGACUGGUUUGCUAUGGGGUGUAGUAUUUAUGAGAUGGUUGCUGGGCGAACACCAUUCAAGGAUUACAAAGAAAAGGUCAAUAAGGAUGAGGUUAAACGAAGAACUCUGGAAGAUGAGGUGAAAUUUGAACAUGCCAACUUUACAGAAGAAGCAAAAGAUAUUUGCCGGCUGUUUUUGGCUAAGAAAAAAGAGAAUCGUUUAGGAAGCAGAAAUGAAGAUGAUGACCCAAGAAAACAUAGUUUCUUCAAAACAAUAAAUUUCCACAGGCUAGAGGCGAACCUCAUCGACCCUCCAUUUGUGCCAGAUCCAUCAGUUGUCUAUGCCAAAGAUGUUGCAGACAUUGCUGACUUCUCUGAAGUACGGGGAAUUGAGUUUGAUGACAAAGAUAAGAAGUUCUUCAAAAAGUUUGCAACAGGUGCUGUCCCUAUACCCUGGCAGGAAGAAAUUAUUGAAACAGGACUCUUUGAAGAACUGAAUGAUCCUAACAGAGUGGAGGGGGGUUACGCAAAUGGAGGUGAAGCUAAGUCAGGAGUUUGUUUGUUGUUGUAAAUACCACAUUGUUAACAAAACAUAGAAACCACCUCAGAACUUUCCACAUUCUGACGCUGUUUCAGAAGCUCAGUGUGACGGUUUAAGAAGAACCAUCGGUGUAAUAUGACAUUGACAGGCUAUGUAGGACUACCAGCUGUAGAGACUGUAUCAUUUUCCUUUGUUCUAACAAAGGAGAUAAUAUUCUUGUUUUAUUGGAGAUUUAUCACGAUGAAGAACCAUAUUUCUCUGAGAAACUUAGGAUGAUAGAAAUUCUGAAAUACAAAAAGAAGUAAUAGAGUGAAGAGACAACACAUUCUGAAAAGGACUGACUACUAUUUUGAAUACAAUGAUUUGUUGAUGUUCUUUCUAUUUUCCUGCUAUUUCUACUAACACUUCCUCUUUGUUCUAAAGUUCUCAGGAAAGAUUUUUUUUAAUUUUCAAGUAAUAAUCUCAGUUAGACAAUGGAGCUCAUAUACCAUGUCAAACUUGGAAUAUUAUUGGUUAGCCAAUCUCUCUGUUGUUUUCUUAAUUUCUGUUAGCUUGUGGAUGGUUUGAUUGUAAUAUGUCCAAACUGUCAUAAAAUAUAAAAGAAGGCUCUACGUUUCACUAGGAAAUAGGGCCAGCAGGAUCAAACUCUUUUCAAAGGUAACUUUAACAGAGUGAAGUUAAGCUUGCACCAAUUUGACUGAAUAAAGCAUUUAUUUAUUUAUUAUUAUUAAGCGUAUUUUUUAAUGUGAUAAUUACUUAUACAAAGCAAAUAUAUUGAUAAGUAAAUGCACAUCCUUUUUGACAAGCAGUUUUAACCUUUUAUUAGGUUUUCUGGGGUUUUUUUCUCUGUAUUGGUAAUGAAUUAAGCUACAGACAGACCAAGGCAAUUUGUGUCUGACUUUUUCAGUGCAACGUAAGUUUUGAUUCAGUAGUUGCAGAAUGCAUCCUACUCUUAAGUUCUGUAAUGGGGGAAAGGUUAUGUGUGCAAGUUGACACUGUCUUCAAAUGUUCAAUGACAUUCUGCAAAUGUUGUUCUGUUUUCUUUUUCAAUUUUGUGACAACCUAAAUUGAAUUUGGAAACAUUUCUGUGAAUAUUUCCUAUUGCUGAAGUAUAUUACUCAUGAGAUGCCUCCUGAUGAUUUUCUGUGGUAAGAAAAUAGGUAGUAAUUGUUUGCAACAACUUUUAAAACUGAUUCUUUAUGCUGUUCACUAUCAUCUCCCUGGCCAUAAUUUAUAUUGACUAAAGUGGAAGUUGAAAAUUCUCCAUUCCUUGGAGUCCUCCUAUUUUUUAUAGAGCAAACCUCCCGCUGAACUCAGGGACUUAUUUUAUAUAGGCACUGGGACUGAACUUGCACAUCAGUUUUAAAAGAGCAAAACCAAGAGAUAUGAUGUCUGCUAGAGCUGAGUCUGUCAUGUGCAACACAGAGCUUUAGUAUUUAUUUAUAUUCCAGUAGCUCAUCCCAAAAAUUGCUGUAGCUUUAAGUACUUUAAGUGAUUCAGUCACAGAUACUAAGCAAUAAAUUGAUAAUACAUUGUGGUGUUCUAAGUAGAAAAAGGAUUGUUCUUUUUUUCCUUUUCAAUUUGCUUUUCCAGUGUUUUAUAUACUUAAUUUUUAAGUGGAAAUAAUGAAGAACAGUGUUACUUAGGAUUAAUGGAUAAUUCUGUUCAUGAAUUAUAGCAUAUAAUUGUCUGCCUUUGAGGGGAGACUUUAUAUCAAAUGAUUUUAAACAAUAUAAGCUGAUUUCUGACUUGGGUCUUUAACUGAGAAGGAUGAUCCUGAAAGACUGAAAAGCAGUGGAGGUUGAGAGGAAAGUCAUGUGGUUCUGCCAUGGAUUUAGGAGACGACUUCCACUGCUGACACCCAGGAAUUUUGUUUCUCAUUGCUCUCACCUGUAGAAGGCUCCCACAGAGUGAUAUUAGGCUAAUAUUUUUAAGAAACCCAGACAGAAAACAUUA